AUGGCAUUCCUCACUCAUUUCCCUGUUGCUCCGAUUCAUCAUCACUCGUCUUCUCUCUUCACCAGAUUCUUCCUUACUCCUAAACCCAAAACCCUCUUAAUUUUCGCUACACUUUCUCCGUCUCACUUCUCUUCAACAUCCACAAUAAUACCCUCUUCUUCUUCUUCUUCUUCUUCUUCUUCUUCUUCUUCUUCUUCUCUCGAAACCUUUCAAGAAAUUUCACUUCCAGAAGAAACCCCCUUACAGAUUGCCCAAGAGAAGCUUUUUAUUCCUCCAGACACCGAAAUAUCUUCCGAAAAAUCUCCCAGAAUCUUGAGAGGUUCCAACAUUGUCCUCAGCAAAUAUGCUAGAGAUGCUCAGAUAGUUUCAGCCGAAUUCGUGAAGAGCAGUGUUGAAACUGAUGCGUGUCCGUCUGAUGGGUCGCCGGAGUUUGCCCUCGUUGGGCGUUCGAAUGUUGGGAAAUCAUCUUUGCUUAAUUCUAUUGUUAAGAGGAAAAAGCUCGCGCUUACUUCAAAGAAGCCAGGGAAAACACAAUGCAUCAACCACUUUCGAAUUAAUGACAGUUGGUACUUGGUGGAUUUGCCUGGAUACGGAUAUGCAUCUGCACCACAUGAACUUAAACAAGAUUGGAACAAGUUCACAAAAGACUAUUUUUUAAACCGGUCAACACUGGUGUCAGUCUUCCUUCUCAUCGAUGCCAGCAUUCCUGCCAAAAAGAUUGACCUAGAAUAUGCAAGUUGGCUGGGUCAGAAUCAGGUGCCAAUGACAAUAGUAUUUACAAAAUGUGACAAGAGGAAAAAGAAAAAGAAUGGUGGAAAGCAUCCGGAAGAAAACGUGCAAGAUUUUCAAGAGUUGAUUAGCAAAUACUUUGAUUCAGUGCCACCUUGGAUUAUGACCAGCAGUCUUACAAAUCAAGGUCGGGAUGAGAUUUUGUUGCACAUGUCUCAGCUUAGAAACUACUGGCUCAAUCAUUAGAUUACAU